UAGAUUUCCUGCAGGGCAGAAGGGGGUUGGACUGGAUGGCCCUUGGGGUAUCAUCCAACCCUAUGAUUCUAUGAACCCAUUGUGUGACCAUGAGCUAUCUCAUUUCUCUUUCAGGAUUAUUUGUAAAGAAGCAAUCUGCUGCUUCCAUUUUGCUUUCGAACAAAGUUUCUGCCGAACUCCUUAUGGAGCCUCCAGCUGUGAACGUGAAGGGCACAGAAACUACAGACAAUAAAAAGAAGAAAACUUUGUUUGAAGACUUAAAACAGAACAGCAAUGAUGCUAAUAAUGAUGGUAUACCGCUAAGGUUAAAGGAUAUUAAUCUAGAAAUCCAUUCUGCUGACAGUUUGAGCCAAAUUGAGAUUGAUGAUGAUUUAAGAAAUUCAAGACAUCUCCCUGGAGUUCACAUUGUAGCCAACAAUAUUUUUAACCAACAUACAAAUGUGGGCCCAUUUAUAUUGAAAGACAAUAAUUUCCCAGAAAAAGGAAAGGGCACAUACCGUAAAACACGCACUCAUAUUCCAGCGAUAUCAGAAAUCAGUUAUAAUCCUGAAGUGAAAGAAAGUACCACAGCAGAAGGAAUUCAGGACAAGAAAAUAGCAGAGAUUGGACACCUGCGAAACUACACUGCCAUUGCUACUGCAGGAAUCAUUGGUUGGCUCCUAGCAAUAGUGCUCCUUGUGGAAAGAAUUAUUUCAUUAUGUGUGAAAAAAAAGCAGGGCAGAGGUAUAUCAGAUUCCACCAUAUCCAGAAAGGAUGAAACUACAAAAAUCAAAUUUGCAGAAGUUGAGGCUAAAGAAAACCAAAUUCUGAAAUCUACUGAACUUUUACCAUCAACAGAACCAGACAGAAGAGGAAGUUCCCCUAUAUACCCAUAAAAUCUUCUUUGGACAUUGGGGACCCUGAGUUUGGAAGCAGUAAGAACAGGAGAAACCUCAGUUGCAUAAACACUUCUGCUUAAUGCUAUAUUCCACACAGUAGUCUUUGAAAGAUAUAAGGCAAAAGCAGAAUUACAUGUGUACUGAAUAUUUGAGUAUUUGUCAACAUAUGGACAUUUCCCACAUUUUCACAUAUAGGGUGGUUGAAUGAGGAACUGUGAAUCUAGAGGUUUAGAAUUAUUUUUUGUUUAUUUCGCUGGAUGGGAAAAGACAGGGAAACACCCAAUAUUUUGGUAACUAAAAGAAGUUUUAUAAUCUGUAUGAAUGUUGAAAAUCAGUAUGAGACAGUGUCUCAACUGAAAUUUUUGAAUUAGGUCAUAGAAUAGUUAUGAUAGGGAACAUGCAUAGAGCUCUGACUACAGCCAGGAAUAUCCACGUUCAGCCUUACCAUGAGGUGCUAUUAGACAGUACCAUGAGGUGCUGUUAGGCAUUAGGGUAUCAUCCAUCCAUUUUUCAACAUGGUAGGAUAAAGAUGAACUAACCUAAGCCAUUUGAUGAUGUGUACAGUGGGCUCUCCUUAUGGCUGGAAGCAGAAGAUGGAGGGAGCUGGAGCCACCAGGGUUUGAGUCUAAGGCUCCCCACCUCCAAGCAUCCAGGACUAGGCCUCUGGAGGUUGGCCCCAGGGGCAAUUGGGCAGGGAAAAUGCCAGAAAGCAAAUGCUUCCUCCCCAAGCCUUCUCUCAGCCUGGCUGCUUCCAGAGGCAUCCCAAGGGUUUGGGGGGAGGGCUAGGGUGAUCCCUGCAUUGGGAGA